UCCCUAUGGAUAAUCUCUUGGUUUUGUCUUUAGCCAAGUAAAAUCUCUCUCCUUUUCCCCAACUUCUUCUCCUCUAACUUACUGAUGGAUUUGGUCUUUUUUGAAAUGGCUCUUGUAACGUGCAAUUUCGCUUCCUUCUUACUCUCGCCCGACCAAAGAAGUUGGAACAAAUUAAUAAAGAAACAAGUACUCAUGGGAAAUGUACGGCAGGCAAUUCAAUCAUACAUAGACAUGCUAGACAGCGGUUUCUUUGCUGAUAAUUUCACGUUUCCCAUUCUUCUCAAAGCUUCUAACUUUUGUAGUGGGCUUCAACUCCAUGGCCAGUCAAUAAAAUCUGGUUUUUCCGAUCACGUUUACGUCCAAACCGCUCUCAUAAAGGUGUACUCUGAUUUCGGUCAAAACGACAAUGCUCGUAAAGUGUUUGACAAAAUGCCUCUGAAGGAUUCGGUAGCCUGGAACUCGAUGUUAGACGCGUAUGCCUCCAAUGGGCAAAUGGGCGUUGCAAUGGAACUGUUUGAUGCAAUGCCGGUUAAGGAUGUUUCGUCUUACAAUAUCGUCGUGUCGGGUUUUGCGGGGGAGAGAAGAAUUGAGUCUGCCAGAAAAGUGUUCGAUGAAAUGCCUGUGAGAGACGUCAUCUCGUGGAACUCGAUGAUAUUGGCCUGCGUCAAUGCUGGGGAUAUAGUUGAAGCGCAUGCAUUGUUUGAGGAAGCACCAUGGAGAAACGUCGUUACAUGGAACACGAUGAUAACGGGCUGUGUGCAUAAUCAACUUUACACUGAGGCCGUUCAUUUGUUCAAUAAAAUGAAGACUGGAAAUGCCGACCCGGAUUACCUAACAGUGACCACUGCUUUGUCUGCCUGCGCUCAUUUAAGGUCACUUGAAGCAGGCGUGAAGGUAGACGUUUACGCGCGAAAUCAUGGGCAGGCCGCUAGUCCCCACGUAGUUACAGCUUUAAUAGAUAUGUAUGCGAAGUGUGGAAGCAUACAGAACGCCUUAGAGGUGUUCUUCAAAUCCCAGGUUAAGGAUAUUUACUGUUGGAAUGCCAUGAUCUCCGGGCUGGCUCUUCAUGGCCAUGGAAAUUCAGCUCUGAAGCUGUUCGAUGAAAUGAGAGAGAGCGGUGUGAAGCCAGAUGACGUUACCUUUAUUGGCCUGCUUAGUGCAUGCAGUCAUGCAGGCCUGGUACAAGAGGGGUGUCAGCUAUUUGGUUCGAUGGAAAGGGAUUUCAAAAUCAGCCCAAAGAUAGAGCAUUACGGGUGCAUGGUUGAUCUUUUGAGCCGAGCCAAACUUCUCAACAGGGCAUUUCAAUUUGUCGAAACUAUGCCUUUUGAACCGGGGGAGUCCAUAUUGGGUGCUCUGCUUAGUGCUUGUGUGAUUCAUCAGGACCUUCACACUGGGGAGAAAGUGGUGAAGCUAAUAUGUAAAAAGGCUAACAAUCGCUUGAGUGAUGGAGAAUAUAUGAUGUUCUCUAACUUGUAUGCGUCUUGCAGUCAAUGGGAAGAGGCAAAUAAAUGGAGAAGCAUGAUGAAUGAUUCAGGCAUUGUUAAGACUGCUGGUUGCAGCACAAUAGAGGCUAAUGAGAAGUUCCACAAGUUUUUGGCUGGGGAGGUUGGUUUUGAGUUUUGACCAAAAAUAAGGAUCUGUUUGGUAAAGUUUUCUAGAAGUUGCUUUUGGCUUCAUGAGACUAAAAGUUGCUUCUACAAAUAUUUGGAUGAUAUGUCAUAAGUGCUUUGACUCUCUAGAAGAGCUUCCAAUCAAAGCUAUAAAAUUUGACUCCUUAAAAAAACUUUUAUGAAUAAACUUUUUAACCUA